AGAUAUUUUGACUCGUGUUCUGUUUACUAUCAUGUGUCAUGCACGUUCCUGAUGACGUAAGGUAAAUGCAAACGCACCAGGGUUCGAUAGAAUCAAGCUGAGACACAAACCGACGCUGCGAGGGGUGUCAGUAUAAUCGCAUUCGGAUUCAGACAAAUCAAAUACUAUAGAGUUUUCUCUACAUACCUGGUUACUAAGAAAACAACACGAAGAACCAGUUUACCAAGUAAGCUCAUUUAUAUGCGAAAUAUGAACGGCCUCUAAAAACGCAUCGGUGAAUGUUUUUCUGAGACAACCUGUAUAAGAUCCGUGUCAUUUUGGAAUAACUACCUGAUAUAUUACCGAUGACAUGAAGAGCUAACUACCGCUGAAGUAGAUUUAAAAUAAAAAUUAUGCCAAUCAGAGGACCCUUAACAGGUUAAUCCGCGCCUGCCUGUCACUACUGUUAAAUCUAUAUGAUUUGUAGCUUAAUGAGGAUUCGUCUGUAUUUCAUGUAUUUAGCAGUAAAGAGUUUACAGUGUUUGAGAACUGUAUUUAUUUUCUGUAUAUUGUACAGGUAGGAAGGGAACACUUAUUAUAAUGGGUUUGAUUCGAAGAAAAAUGUAUAUUUUAUUGCAAAUCCAACAAAAUAAGAAUGUUGGCUUUCAUUCAUAAAAUGAUGCUGUUGAAGAAAUGUGUUGUUUCUACAAUAAUUCUGAGAUACAAUGUGAAAUUAUUAGAAUAUAAAAGCAUAUUUAAAAAUCUAAAAGCUGUGUUUGAUAAUUUAGUUAAUUUUUUAAUUGAUUGACAGCACAAACUUAAAAUGUUAAAUAAAAUAAAUAGUGUAUGUUUAAUUUCACUACACGUGUGUGAUUAAUCGCACGAAAAGGGUGCGAUUAAUCACAAUUAAAAAUUGCAAUCUAUUGACAGCCCUAGUCAGAUCUGAAAAAUAUCUUUUUCUGUUUUCAUCACAACAAAGUUAUUUAGGAGUACGGAAUUGCAUGAGGGUGAGUAAAUGAUGACUGAGUUUAAAUGUUUGGGUGAACUGUCCCUUUAAAAAGGUUGCAAAUGUUUAAAAAAGUAUUAUAUUCACCUAUAAAAGUAAAAUAUUUUCUUACCUUUGUGUAGUUCCAAACCUUUUCGGCUAGUUUUGCCAGCUAAACACAGAUUUUAAUGCAUGUUAAACUUCUAUUCUCUCCAUACUAUUAGUGAAUGGGGACUGCAGCAGUCAGUUCUCGGGAUACGUUUAGUCUACCAAAACUUAAAGGAGGCAUGUAUUAAAACCCCAUUUUUAACCCAGGCUUUUGUUAUAUAAGAGUGAAUCGUAUUCAUGCGAACAUCAUGUAAGUGUCAGAACUGAAGAUGCCCUUGUUACUGAGAUUACAUCUGUUAUUGACACAAUGCCCAGUGAAUGGCAGAUUCUGGAAUGCAACUGUCUAUGACAACAUUGAUAGGUUGAACACCGCCUCAAUAGAAAAUAUCAACGACUCCUAUUCUAGCCCCGCCCACUGGUUCGUGCAUGACAGAACUGAAGUACCACAAGUGGUUCGGAACCGGAUAGAGGGAGCAAGCAAUAAACAAACACGGUGUUAAAGAUAGCUAAAUAUUGUGCCAUUCCUUGGUUGUGGAAGAAUACAAUGCUGCAUAAGCUUCCUUCGGAUUCCGUUAUUAGGAAUGCGUGGUUAAAGUUUAUUUUUAAAGACGUUCCAGCUCAUGUGGAAAAACGGAGCGUUUGAUCAUUUUUUUAUUUCUCAAUUACAAGGCACAGGUCGACACUGAUUUGUGGAGAGUUUAAAAUUAAAAAGUAGUGCUGUGCCAUCAAUUUUGGAUCCAAUAGGAAUGGUGCAGCAAUCUUAUAUAAAAAUUCCCCAAAGGACUACUGCUGUUCCAAAUUAAAGGUAUUUUACUGAGUUUGACAUUCUUUUCACUGUUACAAUUAUUUUUAUCAAUUUCUAUGAUCGAAGAUGAAGACAUUAUUUUGUUUGAGCUAUCACAAUAUUUUUCACUGGUUCUCUUUCUACUCUUACUUUUCAAAAAGACUUUCAUGAUUGCUCUUUCCUUUGCCUACUUCUCCAAAACUCUGUGUGGAGCCUACUUGAAGAGUUCCAUCACUCAGAUUGAGAGGAGAUUUGAUAUUGCCAGCUCUGUUGUUGGCCUUAUCGAUGGUGGUUUCGAGAUGGGUAACUUGCUGUUUAUGGCCUUGGUCAGUCAUUUUGGGGCGGCACUGCAUAGGCCUCGGCUUAUAGGGAUAGGCUGCUUCCUUAUGGCCAUUGGAUCAGCUCUAACUGGACUGCCACAUUUCUUCAUGGGGCGGUACACAUAUGACACAGUAAUACAAGGGUUUGCUAAUAAGACAAGUAUAGCUUCUUGUCAUAAUCCCAUGGCUCAGAGUGAUUACUCAAAUGCACACAUCCCCUCUUCAGAUGACAUCGGAACAGAAUGUGUAAAGGAUCCGGGAUCAAGCAUGUGGAUCUAUGUGUUCUUGGGAAAUGCUCUCAGAGGAAUCGGAGAGUCACCAGUCACACCUCUUGGCAUCUCUUAUAUUGACGAUUUUGCCAAAGCAGAAAAUUCUGCCUUUUACAUUGCAUGCCUUCAGACUAUCACAUUGCUGGGUCCGAUAUUUGGGUUCCUUCUGGGCUCAUUUUGUGCCAGCCUUUACGUGGAUAUUGGAUUUGUCAGUGUAGACACUGUAACCAUCACGUCAAAAGAUACACGCUGGGUAGGUGCUUGGUGGCUUGGCUUCUUUGUGUCAGCUGCCUUCUUACUGCUUGCUGGCAUCCCUUUCUGGUUCCUGCCUAGAUCUUUACCCAAACAAGGGGAGGAGGGAAAAGAAAACUCUAACGUGGACCAGAGCCACAACAUUGACUCAAAGAAACUGGGCAGCAUUGCAAAAGGAUUCCUCCCUUCCAUGAAAAGGCUCCUAAGCACUCCAAUAUACAUUCUGUUGCUGUGUGAGAUUGUUCUGAAGUUCAACUCUUUCAGCGGCCUUUUCACCUUCAAAGCCAAAUACAUGGAGCAACAGUUUGGUCAAUCUACAUCAAGAGCAACUUUUCUUAUUGGUGUCCUGAACCUGCCUGUGAUUGCCGUAGGAAUAUUUUUGGGCGGUUUAAUAAUGAAGAGGUAUAAGCUGAGUGUGGUGGCCGGGGCCCAGCUCUCUUUUAUUGCCUCCAUCACAGCUUACCUUCUGCUCCUCCUCCAGUUUGGCACAAAAUGUGACAAUGUGCGUGUGGCCGGGAUCACUGUGUCCUACAAUGGGACUGCAAAUAUAUCACAUGAUGAACACUCACUGGUUUCUCAGUGUAACCAGAACUGCUCCUGCUCCGUAAGUGAAUGGAAUCCGGUAUGCUCAGACAGUGGCAUUACAUACGCAUCGCCAUGUUUCGCAGGAUGUACCAGCUCCAUCGGACAAGGCAAUAUCACGGUUUUCCACAACUGUAGCUGUGUCCUCACUCCCUCACCAGUAGAGGACAGUACGUCAGUAUCUCUGGGCCAGUGUCCCCGGGGCCCAGAAUGCACUCAGAGUUUCACCUCCUACAUGGCAGUUUCUGUCUUGAGCUUCUUUAUCAGCUCGCUGGGCACAACCCCAGGAUACAUGGUCACUUUACGUUGCACUGCACCUGAGCUGAAGUCCCUAGCAUUAGGUGUUCAAACACUGAUGAUGCGAACUCUAGGUGGUAUUACUGCACCAGUGUAUUAUGGAGCCUUCAUCGACUCUACAUGUUUGAAAUGGGGAAUGAAGAAGUGUGAAGGCAGAGGUGCCUGUCGUAUGUAUGACUCAGAUAUGUUCAGAGUCAUCUUCUUGGGCUUGUUCACAUGUCUGAAUGGCUGUUCCUACGUCUUCGCCAUCGCAGUAAUAGUUCUCCUGAGAAAACAGUUUAGGAAGGAUGAGGUCAUAGCACUACAGCAAACUGCCAGCAAGCGAAGUGAAACUGAGCUUCAGGCUCCAAAUAUGUGCAUCUCUGAUGGAUCCCAAACUCACAACAGACCCACAGAAAACACAACAGCAAUAACCAGCACUAAAGAGCAGCUUCCACCUUCUGUUUCUCAUGUAGGGAACCCUGUGGUGGGUUAGACUGACAAUUAGUUCAAUGAAGAAUGACCAUGAAAUUCAAAGACCAUCAAAAUAUCAGCUGGAAAUACAUAGAGUGGAGAUGAUGGUCUAGUGGGUUAAACCACUCAACUGGUAAAUCAAAAGGUUGCUGGUUCGAUCCCAGCAGCCACCACCAAUGUGUCCUUGAGCAAGACACUUAACUCCAUGUUGCUCCAGGGGGAUUGUCCCUGUAAUAAGUGCACUGUAAGUCGCUUUGGAUAAAAGCAUCUGCCAAAUGACUAAAUGUAAAUGUAACAUAGGAGUUCACAACUUCCCAAAUCUCUGUAUCUUAAAACAGUACGAACUCAGAUCUGAAAUCUCUUAAUAAAGACAUUUGAAAAAAAAGAAUUGAUAAACAAUGCACAUACUUGAAUUCACCUUAUCUGCCAUUGGCCAUACAAGCAGGUUGUCCUGCUCCAAAAUCUCACCGAUUGUUGACA